GGUAAAUUUUAGCUAUGAAUGAAUCAAAAUCUAAGAUUCAAUCUUUCUACAAAGACAAGACCAUCUUCAUUACUGGUGCUUCUGGUUUCAUGGGCAAGGUCCUUAUAGAAAAGUUGCUAUACAGCUGUUCUGAUCUCAACAAAAUCUAUAUCUUAACGCGAGCCAAGAAAGGUUGCAGUUGCGAUGACCGACUUGAAGAUAUAUUCAAAUUAUCUGAAAGAUAUUGUGAUAAUGUUGCUAUACGAGGUGUGUUCAAAAAAAAAAGAACCAGUGACAUCUGGUCACAAAGUGACCAUCUUAUAAGUGAGGUGAACAUAAUGUUUCAUUGCGCUGCGAGUCUUCGAAUGAAUGCGAAAUUGAAAGAUGCUGUCGAAAUGAAUUUGGUAAGAUAUUAG